AUGCCAGUCAGAACAAGCAAGCGGACAAAAGCUCAAGCGGAGGCGCUAUCAACAAUCGACGUGCGAGAUGUGGACUUCGGCCAUCUAUGGCGUCAGCUCGUGCGUGUCGGAUGGACGUCAAAGAAGCCAACGCGGCUGUCCAGCUUGCACUCUUACUACUCCCCCAACGCUACAAAGGAACCACGCGUCGAGGGUGUGAACAUGUUUAUCGGAGAACAUGCGGUAGUACUAUAUGCGGUUGAACAGGGCAUCAUCGGCGCUGAAGAGGGAAGUGCAAGCGAAGACAAAGAGGGCCAGAGUGAAGAUGAUGAGCCAGACGAUCCUGCGGUCUGUGAGAGGGUAACAGCGUCUCAGAUUGACACGACUGUUGCCCUCUCAGCAAACACCGUUGAUGCAUUGUUCGGAUCCAAGAGCGAGGAAAGCGAUGAAGCUGCGGAACGCCCGCUAUGCGCCACAAGCCCGCACAUAGAGGACGAGAACACGAGGUUGUCGCAGAUCGACACAAGUAUUGCGCUGUCGGGAAAUACCAUAGACGAUAUCUUUGGAGGGGAAGACCCGGAUGCAUCGCCAUGCGUCGGUCGAAAUGUUGAUGAUGACUUGUCAUCCGAUGAAGAAGAGGCGCCUCUUAUGGAUGCAGCGUUUAUUGAUUGCUUGGGUGGUUCUCUAUCUAUCGAAGACAUGAGCCCAGACACACUACGUUUCAUGGCAUGGACCCCUGUAUCCUCCGAGUACGAAACCGACAGCAACGCGUUCAAGGGUAUGAGGGAUCAAGCGGCUAGACCAGUGGAAGCGCUUCGUGCUAAAAAGGGCUCGCCAUUGGAAUUGCUAUUCUAUUUUAUGCCGACGAACCUGUGGACAUUCAUCACGAGUGAGACACCGAUACCAAAGAUCACACCUCGAGGAAAAGGCGCGUCAAGAACGCGCACGGCUUAUUCGUGA